UCUGUCUGUCCUGAGUCCUGAUGCCAGAGCGCUGAACUGAAAUGCAAAUGGGGGAGCAGCCGCCGCCGCCGGCGAAGGUGUACUACGACGGCUGUCCCGGCUGCGCCAUGGACAGCAAGAAGGACAGCCGCCAGGGCGUUCCCUACAAGGAGCUGCUCUUCGUCGGCGCCACCACCUUCGCCUCGGCUCUUCCAAUAACAUCCUUGUUCCCGUUUCUCUACUUCAUGAUAAGGGACCUGCAUGUUGCUCAAAGAGAAGAAGACAUUGGAUUCUACGCUGGCUUUCUCGGUGCAUCAUAUAUGAUCGGCAGAGGUCUUGCGUCAGUCUUUUGGGGUAUCAUAGCUGAUCGUAUUGGACGAAAGCCUGUAAUUGCAUUUUCGGUAUUUUCAGUCAUUGUUUUCAACACAUUGUUUGGACUAAGUGUGAAAUAUUGGAUGGCUAUUGCUACAAGGUUUCUUCUUGGUGCCCUCAAUGGAUUCCUUGCACCUGUAAAGGCCUACUCUAUUGAAGUUUGUCGACCUGAACAGCAAGCUUUGGGUAUAUCAAUUGUCAGCACAGCAUGGGGAAUGGGAGUUAUAAUUGGCCCAGCAAUUGGGGGCUACCUAGCACAGCCUGUCAAACAAUACCCACAUCUGUUUCAUGAGAAGUCAGUGUUUGGAAGGUUCCCAUAUUUAUUACCAUGUCUAUUUAUCUCAUUUUUUGCUACCUUGGUUUUCAUAAGCUGUGCAUGGCUCCCAGAGACCCUACAUAAGCACAAAGGCCUUGAGAGAACAGUUGAAAUGGUAGAAGGUUCUACAGCUCAAGAAAGCACAGAACCACCUAAAAAUAGUUUACUUAAAAACUGGCCUUUGAUGUCCUCCAUUAUCACUUACUGUGUCUUCUCGCUUCAUGACACGGCAUAUGUUGAGAUAUUUUCUCUAUGGACUGUGAGUAAUAGAUACGGCGGCCUUAGCUUUUCAUCUAAAGAUGUGGGCCAAGUUCUUACAAUUGCAGGCGCCAGUCUUCUAGUAUAUCAACUCUUUGCUUAUCGUUGGGUUGACAAAACUUUUGGACCUAUUCAGUCAACCCGAAUUUCGUCGGCACUGUCUAUACCAGUAAUUGCUGCUUAUCCCUUCAUGACACACCUAUCAGGAAUAAGACUUGGUGUGCCGCUCUACAUUGCAGCAAUUCUGAAAAGUGUCUUUGCAACAACUAGAGUUACUGGCACUUCUCUGCUGCAAAACAAUGCUGUGCCACAAGAACAAAGGGGUGCUGCAAAUGGAAUAGCUACAACAGCAAUGUCUUUGUCGAAGGCUUUUGCUCCAGCUGGAGCAGGCAUUAUAUUCUCAUGGGCACAGAAGCGCCAACAUGCCACUUUCUUUCCAGGAGACCAGAUGGUGUUUCUGCUACUGAAUUUGACAGAGCUCAUCGGGCUCAUACUGACCUUCAAGCCUUUCCUGGCAGCUCCCCAACAGUACAAAUUAACAAUGGAGGGGAAGAAGCAGUUGCUUGCUACCUUGGUCGGCUGCAACUACGCCGGCACGCCCCACGAGCUGCGAGGCUGCAUCAACGACGUCCUUGCCAUGCGCGACACCCUCGUCGCCCGCUUCGGCUUCGCGCCCGGCGACAUCGCCGUGCUCACCGACGACGACCGCAGCGCCGCCGCCGUGCUCCCGACCGGCGCCAACAUCAAGCGCGCGCUCGCUGACAUGGUGACCCGCGCCGCGCCCGGGGACGUCCUCUUCUUCCACUACAGCGGCCACGGCACGCUCGUCCCGCACCGCCGCGGCCAUGGCGCGCGCCAGGACGAGGCCAUCGUGCCCUGCGACUUCAACCUCAUCACGGACGUGGACUUCCGGCAGCUCGUGGACCGGGUGCCGCAGGGCGCCACCUUCACCAUGGUCUCCGACUCGUGCCACAGCGGCGGCCUCAUCGACCAGGAGAAGGAGCAGAUCGGGCCCUCCGCCGUCGUCACCGACGACCUCGCCGUCGACGGUACCACCACGCGCGCCGCCCGCGCCCGCUUCCUCCCGUACGCCGCCGUCGUCGGCCACCUCUCCGGCGCCUCGGGCGUCGACGCGUCCCACCACGUCGCCGACCACCUCCUCGCUCUCUUCGGCGCCGACGCCAGCGCCAAGUUCCGCCACCACCACGACGCGCCGACGCCGAGCCCCGACGGCGGCAUCCUGCUGAGCGGGUGCCAGACGGACGAGACGUCCGCGGACGUGGCGGCGGACGACGAGGCGGCCGUCGGCGGAAAGGCGUGCGGCGCGUUCAGCAGCGCGGUGCAGGCCGUGCUGGCAGCGCACCCGGCGCCGGUGAGCAACCAGGAGGUGGUGAGCCGGGCCAGGGAGCUGCUCCGGGACCAGGGGUUCGAGCAGCACCCCUGCCUCUACUGCAGCGACGCCAACGCCGACGCGCCGUUCCUCUGCCAGCAGGAGGGGGCCGCCGCCAUUCCCGCCCUGUGAUUCUCCAUGAUUUGUGUCAGAGUGGUCUUCAACCUUCAUUACCUGUGAGGCUGUGAAUAUGAACACACACGAACCAUCAUGAUGAUGACAUGCCAAAUGCCAUUGUUACUGAUUUUCUGCUUAUAA